GGGUUCACUGGAGUUUUAAACAGUAUGUCAAUAAGAGGACAUACAACUCAAAACCCUGCGAAUCGUCUAAAUGGGAGGCAGCCACUUCAACAUUUCAUGGUCGCUUACAAAUGAUAGUAAUAAUAGAGGCCAUUUUGGCAAAGGGUGUAUACUAGGCCUUGUGAAGAAAGAAAAAAGGAAAACACAACGAAAACAGACACUAUCUACCUAUAGYAGUUAUACGGAAUCAUUCCGAAGAACUAAAAUCGUCCAAAAACUUGAUAUAUCCAAUUGCAAACAAGUAUACACGCAUGGCUGAACCAUCUCUGUUACCAAGGAACCCUAUGACGCACCUAGCGAUAAUAACAAGUCUCAAGCAGAUCACGAUUGAAUAGCCGUCACAGACUUCACGUUAAAGCAUAUCAUUGUCUUUUUAGCGUAUAAAGACCGCUUUUCCCUGAAUAAUUAUAAACAAAAGCGUAUAGUUACUGUCAUCAUCUACUGGGAAUUUUCCAAGGUUUGUGUCCUGAGAUAUCCAAAUGCUGGUUGAUAGUAAUACGGUACUUAUACGAACAAAAGUAAAAUCAAGACACCUAUGACAACCUUAAAUACAGUGAUCAAAGUUGAUGCAGAUGAAGGUAAUUUAACUGGUGACAAUGAUUUACAACUCGAUGAAAGCGAGAUAUUGUCAAGCACGCGAAUCAAGCAAAGACGAGCGACUGUGGCUCCGACAGCGAUACCAUCUGCACAGCUGCCUCGAUAUUUGCGAGAUAGUGGUCGCUACGGAAGCAAUAGGACRAGACGUCAAUCAAUGCCAGCUCAGUACAUAAGUAAACAACCUUUGCCAAGUAUCCGGCUACCAACGGAGGCAAACGAUCUCUCUGAAUGUCAAUUAGAGAUCGAUAAAUCUUCGGCCGUAAAGGAAAAAAAGGAUAUUCAAACUCAGCCACCCAAAACUCCUGUUAAAAACUGUAGAUCGUUUCCAUUGGAUUAUCGAUUACAACAUAGCCCGAAGUUUAGCSGGCACAGUUACGACUCUACUGAAAACAUUGAUAAUUCGACGGGAAAUUGUACGACAAGUCCAGGAUUUGUUAUCCCUCGAAUAGGCGUUGAUAAUAAUGGAUACCAUCACACAAGUGACCUUGAAUUGAGGAUCUCUUCCCAAAAACCAUCCCCUSAAKUAUCAUCAGACCGUCAUCAAACAAAACUGUGCACCACUGCCCAUUCYGACAAAAUGCGAAGGCACUCAAUAGCAGUKUCAAAAAUUAGCGAUUCGAACCGAAUAGGAGCCAACAGUACUUUGCCCGGCAUGACAGAUUUGGGGAAAUAUGAACGAUAUCUUUGUAAAAGUCGGGAUCGCAUUAUAUCAGUGCCUUCCGGUGAUGACUCGGAGUCUGUUCGGAUUUCUGCUGCAGGAAAAAUGAGUCGCUAUGUGCCUAAACCAGACAAUCACUUGUUCCUGUCGAUUUUUAGUUGUUUGUGUUGUCCAAUGAUAGGYUUAGUUGCUGUUAUCUUUGCAGUUCAGGUCGACCAAAACUACGAAAAAGGCAAGAAAGAAGUCUCGGUUACUAAGUCAAAGAAUGCUAGGUACUGGGCACUCUCGGCCGUUGCUGUAGGAAUGAUGUUAAUCAUUGGUGCCUCAAUGUACGGUGUUAUUGUAUUUGCKAUGAUGGGUUAAMAUGACMCUUAAACCAGGUCUACAGCUGAUCUCCUUCCUGCCCCAUAGGGUGCUUUGGAUUGUAGUCAAAGGUCGUCAAACGCAGUUCUCGCGAUUAUAUGCAAUAAAGGUUAAAACAUAAUAAGUCUGAACUUGAAGCUGCUUUUAAAA